CCGAGGGGCCGGAGCGCAGCGGAGCCAUGCAGUACCCGCACCCCGGGCCGGCAGCGGCGGGCGCCGUGGGGGUGCCGCUGUACGCGCCCACGCCGCUGCUGCAGCCCGCGCACCCGACGCCUUUCUACAUCGAGGACAUCCUGGGCCGCGGGCCCGCCGCGCCCGCGCCCACUCCCACCCCCACGCUGCCGUCCCCCAACUCCUCCUUCACCAGCCUCGUGUCCUCCUACCGGACCCCGGUGUACGAGCCCACGCCGAUCCACCCCGCCUUCUCGCACCACUCCGCUGCCGCGCUGGCCGCUGCCUACGGACCCGGCGGUUUCGGGGGUCCUGUGUACCCCUUCCCGCGGACGGUGAACGACUACACGCAUGCCCUGCUCCGCCACGACCCCCUGGGCAAACCUCUGCUCUGGAGCCCUUUCUUGCAAAGGCCUCUGCAUAAAAGGAAAGGAGGCCAGGUGAGGUUCUCCAACGACCAGACUAUCGAGCUGGAGAAGAAGUUUGAGACCCAGAAAUACCUCUCCCCGCCUGAGAGGAAACGUCUGGCAAAGAUGUUGCAGCUUAGCGAGAGACAGGUCAAAACCUGGUUUCAGAAUCGACGCGCUAAAUGGCGAAGACUAAAACAGGAGAACCCUCAAACUAAUAAAAAAGAGGAACUGGAAAGUUUGGACGAUCCCUGCGAUCAGAGGCAGGACCUGCCCAGUGAACAGAAUAAAGGUGCUUUGGAUAGCUCUCAGUGUUCGCCUUCUCCUGCCUCCCAGGAAGACCUUGAAUCAGAGAUUUCAGAGGAUUCUGAUCAGGAAGUGGACAUUGAGGGCGAUAAAGGCUAUUUUAAUGCUGGAUGAUGAUCAAUUGACAUCAGCACAUUCAGAAAACUGGGCUUGGGAAUAAUUGCAACAGGAAAUCUCUAUACACAACUGGAAAACUAUAUGAGAAAGGGAAUCAGUUUUCUGGUAUUCUGGAAACCCUAAACUAUUUGGUGCACUGGCUAAAUAACAGACUCACAUUGAAAGCUUGAUUUUGACUUAAGAAACAGCUUCUAUAUUGAUUUUUUAGGUUGUAUGAUAAGGGGACUGUUCACUGAUUAAAUUAUCCCCUUUUAAAAAAAUAAUUUUUUUCUAUUUAUAAAAAGUAAUUUUGAACUUUUUGGUUAAAAUUUUAAGUUAUAACUUUAAAGAUUUUAAAUAGGAUCUUCUUGAAUAACUUUUCUAUAAUCUGUAUCUUCAUCCCACUUAAUGGAAAACCAGAGGGUACCCCAAAUUCAGAAGUAUGCUUUGGAAAGGGGGCCCACAUUUCAGGCAGCCUUGAAAUAUUUUAAAAGAAAACAUUCUUUACUUUUAUAUUACAUUCUUAUAGUGCUGCCUUAAAUUCAAAAACAGCUCAGAGCUCUUGUCUCUGGGAUGUAUGUGUGCCUUUUGUUAGAGAGACAUAGUUGGUAAUCUUAAAUACUUGUUUUGCAUUAUCACUCAGUACCUGUUUGACUAAGGUGUUAAGGAUAGUACUGUCCAAUUCAAGCAGAGAAACUGACUCAUUGGUGACUAAAAUUAAGCACAGAUGAACGAACUAGCAGUAGCAGGUUAAUUGAAUGUAAGUAGAUUUGUAGAUAUUGUGUUUUAUAUCAGUGUUUAUAAUGUGUAUAUAUAAAUUGUUCACUGUAAAAAACAUGGCCAAAAUGUUUCUUUUUUUAAAAUAAGUAACCUGCCUAUAAAAUAAAUCUGUCCACGGUGGGACGACUGACUUCGU